AAUCAUGCUUUGAGAGAAUACAUACAACUGGACUCUAAGAUUAAGCAUUGUGCAUGUGUUUCUGUAAUCCAGGGUUGUGUUUUUAUCUUUUAUUGGACAAUUUGUGAUUUUAAUUAUAGCAUAAUUGUGUGUGUGUGUAUAUAUAUACUGUAAUGGUAAGAAUGGGAGGCUAUUUUCUCUUGAGGGGGAAAGAUCUUAUUAGAGAAUUGCUAUGAUAUGCUUGAUGGCUGCAGUUGUUGUAUACACUUGCUUGCAUGAAUCAGAUGUAUUCUAUAUAACUGCUGGGAAAACACAUGUGAUUUCAUGGGGGAGCCAAGCAGAGUGUUUGUUGUUUGGAUUUGAUUAACCUGCUGCAUUCAUGUGUGGUUAAAAUCACUAUGAAGACUGAAAUAAUGUGUAAUGAAGUGAAUGAGUUAGGGGAAGUAUGACUGAGAAAGAAAGAAAGAAAGAAAGAAAGAAAGAAAAAGAAAGAAAUAAGGCAUGUGUGUAUAAUGAGGGCAUUGUUUGGUGGUUAAUGGUUUAAACAUGUGUUGUGAGGAUAAUGAAAUUAGGAAAAUGCAGCUGAUCUCCUAAUGACAGCCAAGUGUAUAUAUUUGAACUGGAUGCAAGAAGUACAAAACCUAAUGGAAAAAAUAUUAUUUUUUCAAAUAUUUUUUUAGUCAAACAUUGUGAAGCACUGAAGCAACUAUGCUGAAAUAAACUAAAGGGAUACACUCAAAUUUCGUACAUAUGCAAAACUAUAAGAAAGGGGAAAAUCGACAAAUGCAUUGACAGGUAUCAUUACUCUGAUAUCAGUAAAUUGGGAGUUGACAUGAGCCUACAUGCUCAGGUCAGAAAUAACUGUGCGAAUGUGUGAAUGGAAAGUGAACCUGUGACCUCUUCUCUGCCAGUAACCUCAAACACUGCCUCAAUUGUUGCAGCAGGUGCCUGUAGCCAUAUUGAGAAAGAGAAAAAGUGAAGUGUCUGAAACAUCAGAAUAGCCACAACAACUUCAGCCUUGAUUGAUCAGAUUCUUUUUUAAUUCCUGUCCUGUAUGUAUUAUGGGCAUUGAUAAUUUUCAGCAUGUCCUCUUCACACAUGCACAGGCCUGGCAUUGUCAAAGUUGGCCUUGGUGACUGAAGCGCCAUUACCUCUCAAAUCUAAUCAGAUUCCCUUAAGUGGAUAACAAGCGUGUCUCCGGCAUUUACAGUAGUGAGAAAGCUGAAGUGAAACCAGGACAAUCUGCUGUCACACAAAGCAGAUGUGGUUGUAGCGGUCCUGACAUUCCUCCUACUAUCCGUAGUGGAAUAAAAAUGUUGAUUGGCUAACAACUGGCAUCUUGUUUGGCCUGGAGAAGUCAGAUAAGAGCUCUCAGUCACUGCUGACAAGUUGAGUAUUGUGAUGAGCCUGUUCUUAUGUAGGUGGAUGAGUGGUGAAUAAGAGCAGCUAGUCUAGCUGACAAGGUUGAAUUUAAUGCUUAGUAUAAAGUCUAAAGUUGGCACAGCUAAAAGUCCUUAUGGUUUAGCAGAGCUGACAACUGGCUCAGAAAAACUUUAAUUCCUGCUAGAAGUCUGAAAACAUAAUGGGCGACAUACCAGCAAGUUACUUAUUUAAUCAGUUCCAUCAGUUCUGAGAUACUAUAACUUAUGAGGAAAGAAAUGACACAUUCUUCCUCUUAAAAAUUAAAAAUUAAAAUCACGAGCAAUAAAACUCACUGUUGAUUAAUUGAAUUCACUCAGGAGUUUUGCUGCUACAGCCUCACUUGAUCUGGCGUGACCAGUAGCUAUUGGUGGCUCAUUUUAGCAAACUUUAGGUAAACAUAGCUGUAAAAUAGACAUUACUGAGAGAGUUAGCAGACUUUAUGACUGUCUCUAAUAGCUGCAGUGACCACUGUUCAGUUAAAGUCGCACAGAUGCCUUCAUUAUCUGUGGUUUUGCUUGAUAAAUGACUAUUCAAAUGACUAUUUUUACGGUUGGGUAAUGUGCUCUAAAUGAGAUACCAUGAUUUUGAGAGCAGAUACAGAUAAGAUAAUGGAAAAAGUAAUUCUUCUUUAAUAUCACAUUUCCUACAGUUAAGGAAUCUGUCUACUGAAUCUGCUCCUACACCUGCAUUGUUGCUUAUCUGAGUUUCUUUUACUUCCAACUGAUUAGCUGAGGUCAGUCAUGGAAGAAGAAUCUAUUUCAGGUCAAAGCAUAGAGCACACCUCUGUUUUAACCACUGAAUCACAUACUUUUAAGGCAGCUAAAAAAAAAACAACUGUAAUGGACACAGACAAAAUGACCUUCAACAAGACUAACUUUAUAAAAUCAUGGCUAACAAUGCAUGUUUUAUCAUUAUUAUUGUUUUUAAAUACUCACAAAAAUACUUUACAGGCUAUAAACCAAUAAAGCAAAUUAUAACACUGAGCUUCUUUGUGAGCCCCAGACCAAUAAGUAAAUUAGAUGUUUUUAGGUGAGACGUUCUUUCUGAAAAUAGCCCUAAACUUACAGCAAUAAAGAUCUCAGAAUAGCUUUACUGCAGUUAUUGUUUUUGGAAACUGAUAAUGCUAAGUUGUCUACAUUGAAAUCAGCGAAUGAAUGAAAAAGCUUGGUUAAAAAUGGCAUUAGAGUUAUUUAAAACCCCCAAAGGGGAACAAGGGUCAAUUGUGCUGCCGCAAACCCUGGAGCAGACAGCAGAGGACAUUGGGAGCUGGCCACUGAUUGGUCAGUGAGACAGAAAAGGGAGGUCCCAGUGAAUUAGUGAUAGACACUAAAGGCAGAUAUCCUGCAGUGAUCAAACCCUGGGUGAUCUGACAGUCCAGUGUUUGAAGUGAUUAUCAUGCUAUGCAACAUAAAGGCUUACCCCCAGCUUUGGGCCUAAUUAGUUCACUUAGGGCCCUUAUAAGACAUUGGUAGGGGACUGGAAGGGACAGACACUCACUGAGAAGUCAGCAGAUCAACAGGAUAGCAGCAGCAGACCUGGAUCCCUACAGUUGAUCUGCUGCGACACUAAAACAAACCAAACUGAAGAUUAUCUGCUUUUCUGAGAAUGCCACACUUAACUGACUGCAGCUACUACACGAUGCGGGACGCAACCAGAGCUUCAAAUGUACAGAGCCACCUGGAGAACUCCAAGUUCCACCUCCACCAGAGCCAGAAUCAGCAGGUCAAGCAGUACCUGACACUGGGCUCCAAGCUGGCUUCAUCGGGCGGGCAAGGCCACGCAGUGCCGCAUCCACACACCCCUGGCCAGCCGCUGGCCACCGUGCCAAUCAUGAGGAAUGGACACAUGCCCUCUGUCAGCGACAGCAGCAACCCCAACAGCCCCGUUACCCUGCUCACUAUGGCCAAUCACGACAGCGAGUUUCCAAUGGAUGAAGUUAUUGAUGACCUAAUUAGUCUUGAAUCCGGUUUCAAUGAUGGAGGCUUGGAUUGCAUGGAGCCUAACAUCAUAAUGCAAAACAAUGUGUCCCUCAGUAGCAGCAUGCUGGACGUCUAUGGGGGUGAACAAGGUAUGAACGCCCCUAAUGGUGGAAUGAGUCCCACAUCUAACCCCACAAAGCUCACUGUAAAAAGGGAAUACACAGAACACGACACAAGGGUGAUGGCCAAAGAGAGACAGAAGAAAGACAACCAUAAUUUGAUUGAAAGAAGGCGAAGAUACAACAUCAACUACAGGAUUAAGGAGCUGGGGACACUCAUACCAAAGUCAAAUGACCCAGACAUGCGCUGGAACAAAGGCACCAUCCUGAAGGCCUCGGUGGAGUACAUAAGGUGGCUGCAGAAGGAGCAGCAGCACGCUCGGGAGCUGGAGAGCCGACAGAAGAAGCUAGAGCAAGCGAACAGGAGGCUGCUGCUGAGGAUCCAGGAGCUUGAGAUCCAAGCACGAGCACAUGGCCUCCCAAACAUGGCCACAGCCUUGGGGACAGUCGAACUAUCCUCCCAUCUCCUCAAACAACAACAACAACAACAACAACAGCAGCAGCAACAGCAACAGCAGUCAUCUCCCCAGGCCCAGCAGCCUCAGCAGCCGCCCCUCUACCAGGAGGACCCCAACAGUGACUACCUCCAGAGGAUAGCUGUGGUGGCUGGGGUGCCUUCCAUCCCCUCUGCCAGCGGGCCACAGGAUCACAUCACCGGCGCUGACGGCUGCACUACGUUCUCUGACCCGCUGUCCCACUUCACAGACUUUUUCAGCGCUACGCUCAAGGAGGAGCACCGGCUGGACGAGAUCCUGAUGGAUGACCCGCUCUCGCCGUUCGGCACCGACCCGCUCCUGUCGGCCGGCUCGCCUGGAGCUGCAUCCAAGGACAGCAGCCGUAGGAGCAGCUUCAGCUCUGCUGGGGGUGACGACCUAUAAUCGGGCCCCUCUUCAGAACAUACUCCUGUUAUCUCCUCAUGACAACAUGCUUGUAAUCUCCAGUGUUAAAGGGCAUACACAGAGCCUUUAAAAGACUGACUUAUGGCUACGGGCAUACAAUAAUGACCACUCACCAGGUUGCAAGUAAUUUAAAUGACAGCUGACACACUUGACGGAGCCCCUGAAAGUGCCUGUAUAUAACGUGUGUAGUUCUUGUUGAACUGUUGGCCUAAAAACUUGCAUUCAAGUUCGCAACAUCCCAAGGAUCUUCUGCUGCACCACCUGCUCUUUUUAAACUUUACUACAGACAAUAAAUAUGUUUCUCUGCCUCCCAGACAGAGCGGAACCAGACUCAUAAGAAAAAGGGAGACAUUUAUCAGUCUUUAUGUACAUAAUGUAAAUGACCAAGUCUGCUGUUUUUUGUUUUUUUGGUAAACACUGUGGUAGCUGUACACUGUAACAUACAAAAUAAUCACUGAAAACCUGCCAAAACUGUCAGUUUUUAAUGACAAUAAUACUACUUUACAAAAGGAUUUUAAACAGUUGCUGCCAGGAUUGUGAUUGUGUGAUGUGCCUUAUUGAAACUCCCAGUUUCGUCUUAAAAAAAAAAAAAAGAAAAAGAAAAAAGAAAAACAAUAUGAACAUGUAACUCACCGCAAUGCCUAACAUGUCCUGGAUCUUGUUUGUGUCUUUUAAGUGUUUUUGUUAAAUAAGUUUUUAUGUAUUUAUAUAUGUUUUAAUCCAUGUAUUCAUAAAAAAGAUAUAUAUAUAUAUAUAUUAUCUAACAUGUUACCUUUUUUAAUUCUUAGUACGGGGUGGGAAAAAAAAACACAAUAAACCCCUUUUUU